UCGUAGUCGACUUUUAUUCUGAAAACAACGUUAAUCUUCUCUCUGAUUGGGUUAUUCCAUUGUCCAAUAGGAAGCGGCGUUACUAGUCGGUCACCCGGUUACUGUUGUUAUCCAUGCUGCACGUGUAAUCGAGCUGAAGAAAAUAGUUACAAAAUGUUGCGGCGUGAAGCUCGGCUCAGGAAAGAGUACCUGUACAGGAAGGCCCAGGAGGACAGACUGCGUGCCAUAGAAGACAAGAAAAAGAAACUCAAAUCUUCAUUAGAUGAUAAUAAUCUGAUACCUACAGAGAUUCGCAAACAGGCUUUACAUCUGCAGAAGCUUCUGGAGUUCGACGAUGAGGGCGGCGACGGCGUCAGCUCCCAUAUGGAUGAUGAGUACAAGUGGGCCGGUGUAGAAGACCCUAAAGUCAUGGUGACGACAUCCAGAGAUCCGAGCUCUAGACUCAAGAUGUUUGCCAAGGAAGUGAAGCUGAUAUUCCCAGGGGCCCAGCGCAUGAACAGAGGAAACCAUGAAGUUGACACCCUGGUGCAUGCGUGCAAGGCCAACAGCGUGACAGAUCUGGUGAUAGUUCACGAGACCAGAGGACAGCCAGACGGUCUCAUCGUGUGUCACUUGCCUUUCGGACCGACGGCGUAUUUCACUCUGUACAACGUGGUGAUGAGACACGACGUCCCGGACAUCGGCACCAUGUCCGAAGCCUUCCCCCACCUCAUCUUUCACAACUUCACCUCUCGCCUCGGCAGACGGGUGUCCAACAUCCUCAAGUACCUGUUUCCGGUUCCUAAAGACGACAGCAAACGUGUUAUUACAUUCGCCAAUCAAGAUGAUUACAUCUCCUUCAGGCAUCACGUUUACAAGAAAACCAACCACAAGAACGUCGAGCUGACCGAAGUCGGACCCCGUUUUGAAAUGAAACUGUACAUGAUCAAGCUGGGCACUCUGGAGAACGAGAGCACGGCGGAGGUGGAGUGGCGUCAUCACGCCUACACGCGCACCGCCAAAAAGAGAAAGAGUUUAAGUGUGCAGUAAAACACACAUCCGGAGCGAUGCUGGAUAAAGACUCCAUGUGGGUUUAUCGCUCUGCUUUUUUUACAGAUUAUCUAAAUGUUAAGAUCUGUGUGUGGAGGCAGUAUGAGUGUGUAAGGUGUUUUUUUUUUUUUUUUUUUAAACCACAGAAAAUAACGUUUAUCGCUUUCUGAAGACAGAAUGUGUACAUACAGAUGUGUUUACAUACAAAUGUGUACAUACAGGUGUGUGUGUACAUACAGGUGUGUGUGUUUGUACUUACAGAUGCGUUUACAUACAAAUGUGUACAUACAGAUAUGUGUGUGUGUACAUACAGAUGUGUGUGUGUACAUACAGAUGUGUGUUUGUACAUACAGAUGUGUACAUACAGAUGUGUGUGUACAGAUAAUCACUCAUUUGUAUUUUGAGGGAUUUCAUAUUUUCCAUACCAGAUGUGUGUGGAGUGUAAGAUACUCAGUACUUUAGUAUUUAUUCAUGUCUUUAAGGUUUCUCUAAAUAUCUGAUGGCAGACAGAGAGGAAAAGUUGUGGCACAAUCAUUAUUCUGAGCUGCUGAGUGCCUUAAAUAAGGAAUAAAACACUUCUUGUUUGGUUGAUUAUGUUCCAGUAACAGCUCAAAAGUUAUUUCUAUCAUAUGUUAUAUAUAUAUAUAUAUAGCAUGUAUGUUUAAUGAUGUGAAAUGUCUAAAACAAAUCAUUCCAUCAUUCUCUCUCUCUCUCUCUUCCCCUUCCUCUUUGUUUUUUGCAUAUGACUGUAACUAUUCUCUCUCUUCCUCUUCCUCUCUGUCUCUCCCCCCCCCCCCCUCUGGACUAAAAAACACAGCUUGUAAUUGUAUUGUUGUUUUUUUAACCAUAUCUCCAUUUUUCUGACUGUUUACUAGACUCUCGACUCCUUCCACACAUUUAUAAACAUCACCUUACGGAUCAUCUUUCCUUCUGAAUCCGAAUUCAACAGCGCCGUGUUACGAAGGUCAUUAUCAAUAAUACUAAAUCCUUCGAUAACUAAAUUCAAAUGAACAGAUUUAUUUUCUAUCAGUGUCUUUGUACAUGAUGUGUCUCGUAUGUGCUCCAAUAAAAACUAAAACAAGCGGC